AUGGGUUCAAAAAGGAUAUUGCUGUCAUCAGUACAUGGAGAAAUUUUUGGACAAGCAUCACAAAGUUAUUCGCGCUCCGAGAAGUAUGAGUGGGAAAACUUAAUCCUUCGUCAAAGUGAUCAAGCAACAAGGGAGCAACCUGAUCAUGUUGCAACCCUGCACUUGCCUCUGGAUAUGCCUGACAGGUCGGGGCCAUCACAUGGUCAUCGACAUUCUUCUGCGAUUUAUGGCUCUGGAGAUGGAGUAGGUGGAUGCCAUCUAUCUUGCUGUUCUUAUUGUGGACGCUGCGGUCAAUAUCAUGCUUGCCACAACCAUUCAUCGGAAUGUACCAGGCACAGCAUUUCACCUGAACCUGGUCCCAUCAGAUCUUACCGGAGAAAGAAAUGCCCUUCCUUUGAUCAUGUUCCUCAUUGUGCAAAAGGACAUGACGGACAGAUACAUCCAGCAGGAGGUUGUAGGAAGAAUUAUUCUGCUAACCAGGGGAGUGGCAGUCAGAACAGACAGUAUCAUGAUGAUAGAUAUCCACCAACUAAAUUCCUGGAUGACCAUUUUUCUGAGAUAGAUGCAGCAAGACAUCGGUCUUACUUGUCCAAUUUUCAAUCUUCAAGUAAGCAUAUUCCUGUUCACCCCUCACAUGGUGAAUCGUGUCAAAGGGAUGAAGUAGCAAAAGCUCACCCCAAGAGACCAAUUAAUGGAUUUCGUCCCAUCCACCAUGAGCAACCUGAGCUUUCUCCCAAUGAAGAUUUUCGUGAAUGCUCUGAUAACAGUCGAAAUUUCAGAAAUGCUUAUAAUGGCAAGGUAGUAAAAAGGAAAUUUAUAAAACAAGAUUUCCUUGGAAACACUAACAAUGGUGCUUGUGCUGGUAAAUAUGAUAGAAACAAUAGCAGGAAAAGGAAUGCAGAUCAUUUGGGUGGAAAGAAAGCUAGGAAGAAUCACGCUAAUAAGGACAAAUCUAAAAGGCUCCGCUGCUCCAUUGAGCAGGACCAACAACAACAGGUUGAGUCUGACAAGAUGAGAAAUGAUAGUCGGGAGGGAAAUGUUGAAAUAACCAAGUUAGUGUGUCAAGAUGGAGCAAAAGGGAACUUCAACCCAAAGAAGAAUGCUAAAGCUCCCGCUUCUAGCGGCCCAAUAAAGUGUGAUGGGAAAAACAUGUUAAGUCCCAAGUGCAGCAAAACUAUUGCUUCAUCACACGCACCAAAUUUGAGCGAAGGAAGUAAAGACAUGGAUCUAGAAUCCGACAACGAUGUUGAUGGUUGCACUGAAAGAGGUAUACUGCAGCAUAUUCCAGUCACCCAUACAGAGAGGAAUAUACAACUGAAAAUAUCAGAUAAUGUUUCUCAGUCUGAGGCACUUCGCCGAGAUUGUUUAAUCCUGUGGAGAGAGAGACAAUUAAGAAAGAAUAGUGCUGCCAAGGCUGAUAACAUCGUGAAAGCUGACCAACGACAGACUGCACAAAGAAGCAAGAUGCCAACUGGAAGAAGAGUGAGGAGUGGAGGACCAGCUGCGUCGUCUAGCUCAGAAAGUGAUAAUAAAGAUGACACUGCUUCAGAGUGUUCUGACCAAUUUAGUAGCGCAACAUCAUCUGAUAUACAAAAGUGUGGUGAAGGAAGAGCUAACAAAAAGUUAGAGCAGAUCAUCAAAUUCCCUAGUAACAGUAAAUGCAACAAAAGGCCUCAAAACGCAACAGCUGAGAAAGGACUGAAGUGUAGUCUCAAGCUUCUGCCAGAAGCAAAUCCUCUUGAAAUUGCACAACCUAAAGAAAAGGAAAAACUUGUUGACAGGAGGCUGGUAUCAACUGAUCAUCCCAAGGUGCAUAGUAGUUUGAAUGGUUGUUCUGACACUUGUAAGGUGGAUCAAGCAGCUGUUUCGCACUGUGAUAAUAGUGCACAUCAGAAUAUUUCUCAACAGGAGACAAAUAAUGCUGAUUCGGAUGCAGGAAGGAAAGAGAAACCAGGUGUAAAAUGUGAAAAGAAAGCAGGAGGCCAUGGUGCCAAAUUGGCUGAACAAUCUACUGGUAUGUAUACUGACCCAAUAUUGCUUGACAAAGAGACUGUUGCUAGUUGCUCAAGGCAUGGCACUUCGAAGGUAAAUGCACUAAGGGUUCCAGAUCAUGAGAUUGUAAGUACUUCAUGCGAUGGGUCAAUGCUGCCUAGAGGAACUGCAAACAUGUCCCAAAACAAGUCCAUCAAUCGGUCUAGUGAAAGUUACUACAUAGAUUUCGAAAAUUGUUUAGAUGGAAAUGAUUGUAGAGACAACCAACAGGAAACCACGUAUGAUAAUGUUUUAAGGAAGAAGCAAGAAUGUUCCCUGCUGGCAGAGACUGAAGAUGAGCUGAACGCGAAAGCUAGAAAGGAGGAUUGUCAGCCUCAAGCCCGUAGGGUUGAGAUCGCAUCAAAUCAACGGAUAACAACAGAGGAUUGUGCUUCUGAUACAAUUCAUUUUGGCGCUGCUAAACAAGAUGACCGGAUCCUACGUCCUUCAAUACCAGACUUAAAUUGCUCGCCUAGUAUGAUCAGCGAUGAAGAUUUUACGGCACCACCUGGGGAACCGGUUUGCCAGGUAACUGCAGACAGUCUCAAACCCCAGAGCAUUUCUAUGAGUCUUUCAGCUUCAUUAACUGGACCCACUUCGAAGGGAGAACAGUUUAAGCAGGUAGAGGAAAAACAGUGUAAUCAAGCUGAUGCAACAAACCAAAUCACCAGAGAAGUUUGCAAAGACGGUACCCCUGAAGCAGCAACUCAGUUGCAGAUCUCCGAGUCAAAUACUGGGCCUCCGCAGCUAAGCGCAGUCGAAGAAAGUAGCACCUCAAUGAAUGCGCUCAAGUGCGCCUUGUGCGAAUUUGUCAAAGGCUUUGUAAAACCUCUGUGGGAAAACGGUCUGCUGUCACGGGAAGUCCACAAGAUUGUAGUGAAGAAGGCUGUGGAUAAAGUGGCAGCCGUCUGGGCUCACUCGGCAGAAAUAGACAUCCCAAGAAUUUUGUCCGAUGAAGCUGAAAAUAUAAGGACCCUUGUUAAGGGCUACCUACAGAUGUAUGUGGGAAGGGAAGUCCUCAAGAAAAGUAUCCCCAGAAGUUCUCGAGCAAAGUGA